AUGGAGUAUGCAGUUAGUAUUUGUAGUUAUUUUGGUGGCGGUAACGGUGGCUAUGGUGGUCAUGGUGGCGAUGGCGGUGGCGCUGGCUGUCAUGGUGGUACGACUACAGCUAAGAGAAAAGGCAGCUCGAAAGAGAGUUUAUGUAUUAGCUAUAACUUUAAGAGUGCAAUUCGCGAUUUAAGAGACAUUUCAUGUAUUGUACUUUUAGUACGCAGCGUAAAAAUAAGCAAAAAUGAGGCCGAAGGUAAAACUCAUCCCAAAGAUGCGGCCGAUAAGGCAAGGUGCCAAAAGGUGGUCGAUGAGUACCUGGCGUUCCAGGCCACCCAGAAGGCAGAAGCCGUAAAACGCAAUCGUUCGCAGGACGAGGGCUGUAAAACUGCGAAAAAGCACAAGACGUCUCACACUGCUCUGACGCCCAAACCAGCCAAACGCGCGUUUAACGAGGUGGCACGGGAUCACCUGCAAACGGCGUUGGUGGACGAAUUAACGAACCGCGGUAAACCUGCGUUAGAAAGGUGGUCCGAAAUCGAGGCACGGCUGUCUCGCAUUGUCGUUGAUCACGUCAUGGCAAGCCCGGAAGGUCAAGUGCCAGGUUAUGAUUCAAUGGAGGUGGUCCGUGGAUACAGGGUGAUCAAAUGCGACGAUCAGUUCUCCGUUGAUUUCCUUCAAAACGCUAUUAGCAAAAUCCAGAGCGACUGGGAAGGUUUGAGGCUGAAACUAAUCCCAGCCAGUGAGAUCCCAAGACGACCAAGGGCUCGUAUCUGGAUACCGAACAUGGAGUUCGAAGCUAAGCAGUUAAUACCAUACCUGCAAGCACACAACCGCACUGUUCCAAUGGAUGACUGGAGUAUCAUCAAAGCGGAGGCUCCGCAAAAGAACAGUGUGUCCUUCCUUCUCCAAAUCUCGGAGGAGAGUAUUGAGCCACUGGGAAAAGUGGACAACAAACUUCGGUUUGGCGUGAGGAAAGCGCAUCUGAAGUUAUUCCGUUCUGCAAAUCCGGAGGAUGAGCAGGACGAGGUUGACGACGCUAAUGAGUUGCUCAUGGGCAUGCAACUGGAAGAAGCCGGGUCCACCCAAAACGAUGGCGCUAAUGAGCAGCAUACGGGCAUGCAGCUUGACGCCCCUAAAAACGACCAGUAA